GUUGCAAAGUGCAGUCAUCGAAUUUAGCACUGGCCCGGUGGCCCAUGGCCAGUGAAAAUUAGUUCGGACCAGUGUAAAUUUUAAAAAAAUUUAGUUAAAUAUAUAGUAGAAUAAAUAUAAAACUGGAAUUCGGGCCAGUAAUUCAAAAUAAUAUGAAAUUAGGCAAAGCCUCUGCACAGGGAAGUCGUUUAAAAAUUCCUUUCAUUCUUUCCGUUUUAAAGGUGUCAUUCGGUAUUACAUGCAUCGCUUCCGUUUUCACUCGGACCACUCAACGUUUAUUAUUUAUCCGAAAAGUUGAGAUUUGUUCCGUUAUCGGAAUACCCUGCCUAUUAUCAUUGAGUUACAUUGUAAAUGGCGGCGCCCGACUAGAACUGACACUGAAAAUUUCAUUGAUAGGUAUAGAAUUCUAUAUAUUUUUUAAUUGUUUUUUAUUUGAUUUUCUUUUAAAUAUACACAUGUAGUCUAUUGCCGGGCAUGCCAAAACCAGGACCCGCUUCGCGGGCCCGUUCUUUGACUUCCCCGUAUUAAAUUCGAUGACUGAAAGUGCCUGCCUGUCAAGCUGUUACUUCAUUCUAGGGCUCCCGCACUUUGUAGGGUCAUUCCUCACAGCUUCAGUCAGGACAUCAGCAGCUGCUCUAAAAUGGGGAAGAAAGAUGCAUCAGGAAUCCAUGGUACACAGGUUGAUCAGUACAGGAAACAGAUAGGAAAACAAGACUACAAGAAGGCAAAGAAAAGCUUAAAAGCAUCAAAAGCUGCACAUGAUCUAAAAAAAUCCUCUACACCAGUCAAGGACACCAUUCUGAUAGUGUUAACUGGACUUUGUGCUGUAGUAGCAUUAUAUUUAACCCUAUACUGGUAUCUAAACAACAAAGAACCUAUCUUUGAUGAUGUUUGAAAACAAGAUUGGCUUAUCAUUAAAAUACAAUAUCAGUGUGGUAUAUUAUGCAAUAAACAAUGAUGAAUGGUUUUGGGCAGAUAAUGAAGAAUUUAUGGUGUAUACUCUACAGAAAGUGUGGUAUAAGGAAUAUUCAGGAAAAGGGAAAAACAGUUUGGUUGUGAUAUACUGUAAACAAAGUGAGAACAGCAUGUUUGUAGGUUAAAACUGUUUGGUUAUGAUACUUUAAAGGAUUAAAGAAGUUGGUAUGUGAUAUCAUAGUUAUCUGUGAUAUAACAUCAGUUAUUAUAUGAUAUAAAAUCAACAUCAUGAUAUAACACUAGUUAUUAUAUGGUGUAACACCAAUUACUAUAUAAUAAUGAUAUAACAUCAGUUAUAAUAUGAUAUAGCUCCAGUUUUUAUAUGGUAUAACAUCAGUUAUUAAAGUUAUUAUAUAUUAUAACAUCAGUUAUUUUAAUAUACAAUAUCUUAAUGCCAUCUGGACAUGAAAGUAAUUAACAGAGCUACAAUGCAGUAAUCCAAAGGAAAAGCAUGACACCAGUUUUCUGAUGGCAAACUGAAAUGUGAUAUCUUCAAGACGUUAUGCAAUUGUGAAUUAUUGUGAUAAAACCAUACUUACAUGCCUAGUGUGAUAAUUUGAUAACAUAAAAAAUUACUGGUAAUAUAGUUUUCUGACUUGUGUUUAAUUAUGAUAUCCAUAGACUACUGUGUUAAUACCUGUUUUAAACAAAAAAUUGAAAGCAUAAUAAUAAUUGAAACUUUAAAAUUUUACUUUUAAUAUAUGCAUGCCUCUUCUACAUGCUCUAUAUUUCAAUUUGUAAAGAAAGUCAUUCCUAUUAAUUUUCUAUUUUUGAUGAGGAUUUACAUGUUUAUUAAUAUUUGUUAUUUUUUUUUUUUUUUAAUGACUGGACAUUUAUUAAAUAAAUUCUAAAUAAUUAUUUAAAUAUAUGUUGAAGAUCCCACCCAUUUAUUUAUUUAUGAAUAGUCUUUUAUUUCUAUGUUUAUAAGUCCCAUUUUCUGUUAUUUCUGUUCUGUUAUAUUUCUGUUAUUGUUUAUAUCAUUGUGUAAACUUUGUGUGUCAAAAUUAUGAAUGGGUUGACGUGUAUUUCAAAUAUAGGGUACAGUUUGUUUAAAGUGUAUAAAGCUGAUGAAAUAUUAAGCAGUAAAAUAAUGUUGUUUUGAUAACCUUAUGGUUGUUUCUUCAAAGAGUUGCCACAUGCAAUGUCUUUGUACUUUAAUAUACAUGAAUAUUAUAUGUAAACAGAAUUAAAUGUUCACCAUAAAAAAUAUUCCUCUGAUAGUUUUUAGUAGGCUGGGCACUGAUUUUCACAUUAUGUAUUUCUUUUUUAAUGAGAAUUUUUCUUGAUCAACCAUCACUCGGCAAAAAGUCAUACAAUUCUGAUUAUUUCAAAUUGUUGCAAGUGCUAGCAAGAAUUUCAUGUGAAUUGUUUUUGAGAUUGUUACAGAUAAUGCUGCAUGUAUAUUGAUUUUCCACUAGAAAUUAUAAGAAAUAUUUAUGUUGAAUAUUAAGUAAGAUGUGCUUCUUAGAGUGUACUAGUAUAUGGUAAUGUCUCAUACAUGUAAGGGAUAUUAGCUAGAUAAUGAUAAGAUGUAUUUGUGAUUAUCUACCUUAGACUGUGAAAAUUAGAACUAUCAUAAUUUAAGUUUAAGUAAUUUAAAUAUUCUCAAUAUUUUCUGUAUAAUCCUAUUAUCAAAUGUUCAAGUACGGAGGUAUUUCUGAAAAUUAUUUCAUUUAAGUAUUAUCAUAAAGUUAUAUGCAAUAAAUUAAAAACUAAAGGAGUUGUUUAGCUUUUCUUUUAUUUAUAUCUUACAUAUUAUGUGCAUGUUUUGUCCUUCUGGGUAUGUUACAUAUUAAAUUUGAAAUACAUGUUGUCUUUUGAAAUUACUCAGCUGGCUAAAUGGAUGUUAAUAGUAGUUAGUCAGACCAUUGGUUCUAUGGAUACAUGAUGAUUUAACUACAGUAAGACAAUUACUGACACACUUGGUUAGGCAAGAUUAAUAAAUAGUAAAGUAUCAAAACGCAGUGGCCUGUAUUGAGAGACUGACCUGUUUGUAUUGUGACAACACUAAGGUGACUUCAAAUUUGAAAAUCUUACAAAUAUCUUGUAAAGCAAAAUGCAGAGGAUAACGAAGAAAUAAUAAACAUGUACUCAGAAUUUACUCUGCUAUUUUUCAUUGAAUGGCCUA